CAGUUUGUGUAACCACGUUCGCAGGAGCCAUGCAUUCAGUGUUACACAGAUCAGUCAUUAGUAUCUAAUCGCAGGUCAAUUAGAUUCAAUAGAUAGUGAAUUAUAUAUUCUUGAGUCCUCCCUUGCAUUAAAGUGCAACCAUCCAAGGCGGAUGUUGAAGUCGUAGCCAGCAUGUCGGCUGACACAAUAUCGCUUCAGCAGUCUUAUAUAGCAAGUUUACUCUAUGAUUCCCAUCUUCAGUACGAUCAACUAAAUGUCUCUCACAACAGGAACUCUCGUCCGAGAUAACAUCGACCUCUACUAUGAACUCCGUGGAACGGGACCUCCCCUUCUGCUCAUCCCCGGCGGAUACGGGACAUGCAUACCGUACACCAAGAUAGCCGACCACCUCUCUGCCCGAUUCCGCGUCAUCACACUCGAUCGACGGGGCUAUCUCCGCAGCAAAAAGCGCCACCCAUCAAGGUCCAACUCCCAAACCCUCUUCACCGAGAACGCGCACGACAUCGCCGCUCUCCUGCAAACCGUCACACGCGAGCCGGUCCUCGCUUUCGCCUCCUCCUUCGGCACCUACCCCUCCAUCGAACUCCUCCGUCUAUACCCAUCUCUCAUCCGCAAGCUGAUCAUCCACGACCCCGUCAUCGUCGACCUCGUCACCCCACGCAACCAAAUCCCCGUACGAAACGGCCUCAAAGCCGGCGUGCACGCCUACCGCACCCACGGAGGCGCAGCGGCAAGUACCCACCUCACACACCUCGUCACCAACGAGGCCGACCACGCGCUGAUCCGCGGCUCGCGCGGGUUCGCGCAGAUGCGAGACGUGAUACUCCAGUCGUUACAGUUUCUGUUCGACGAGGAGGUCGACGCGGCGCUGGGCUACGUGACUGAUGUGCCGUUUUUGCGGAGUCAGCGCGACAGGAUAUACCUCGUGAAGGGCGAGCUGACGAGUACGCCGUUUACGGCUGAGCCGGUGGUGAUGCUGGCGAGGGGGAUGGGGGUUGAUAUCAAGGAGAUUGUGGGGGGACAUGCGGGGUUUGUGAUUUCUCCGGGGGAGUUUUCGGGGGCGUUGGAGGGGAUAUUGGGAAUAGGGAGGGAGUCGAAGUUGUAGUUGACAUUGAUUUAUAUAGUUGUGUUACAGCCA